AUGACAGGCUUCUCCGCCGCCGGCGCCGGCGCCGGCGCGGCCGCUUCGACGAGCGCGCGCCUCCUCGGCGCCGAUUGCUUCCGCGCUCGUCCGCCGUUCAUCGCGACCUCGCGGCCGCCUCUGAUCGCCUUCGCGCGAACCGCGCGCUUCGCCGGGGACGUACCCGGCGACCGCGGCGUCCCCGGGAUCACCUUCACGCCCAUGAGAAAGAACAUGAUGGCGAGGAGGAGCGCGACGACGCCCGCGACGACGACGCCGCACGCGUCGUGCACGAAGAAAUCGCGAAAACUUCGCGGGAGCAGUUCCAGAGCGUCGUCGAGCCGAGCGCCCAAAACAAGCGCGAGCGCCGUCACGUUCGGCGGAAUAGAUUUCAUCGCCCACGCGAGGAUGUCCUCGGGGAGUUUCAUCGCGGACGAAGCGCCGGCGGCGACGGCGUGCGACGAGACGCGCGCGAGCGCCGUCACUUUCGGCAGGAUCGAGUUCAUCGCCCACGCGAGGACGUCCUCGGGGAGUUUCAUCGCGGACGAAGCGGGGGCGGCGACGGCGUGCGACGCGCGACGCGCGGGCGCGUUCGAAUCCGCGAGCGACAGCUGCCGUGUCGGCGUUUUGUUUUUUUCUUUCGAGUCCGUCACGUCACGAAACUUUUGUUUCCCCUCUUCCGAGAAGACGGACGCGACGCGUCGCGUCGCGGCGGCACUCACCGCGCGCGCGCCUCGCACCGCGCACGCCACGCACGUCAUGAGCAGCACCGAGUUACGCGCGCCGUUCGCGACCGUCCAGGGCUCGGACGUCGCGCCCGUCGUCGGCAAGAACGCGACGACGCAUCACCAUCAUCUCCCCGAGAAGGAAAACGCGACGAGCACCGCCGCGGGCGUGGGCGGCGACAAGGGCAUCUCCGAGAUCACGCGCCUCGCCAAGGAGGGCACGUCGGACAUCUUCGCCGCGGCGACGCCGACGGCGAAGGCGACGGCGGACGCCUCUCGCGCUAUUCCGCCGCCGACGCAGGAGGAGCGCACCGCGGAAGGCCUCUCGAACGCGGACGCCGCGCGCGUCGCGUCCGCCGCGAUUCGAGACCGCGCGACGCGCGGGCAGGCUGGGAACAUCUUCGCGGCGGCGUCCCCCGUCGCCGUCCCCGUCCCCGCCGCGGUCGCCGCGCGCGCGGUCAUCGAGGACGUCGUCGAGAUCCCGCUCGCGAAGAAGGUGAAGCGCAUGACCGCGCCGGAGCUCCGCAUUGCGCUCCGCGAGCGCGGACUCAACCCCGGCGGGGGGAAGGACGCGCUGGAAGAACGUCUCGCAGAGGCCAUCGAAGCCGGCGCGUGCGCGCCCCUCGGCGCGCCGCCGGCGCCGGAACCGGAGCCGGAGCCGCAGGCGGUCUUCAUCGCGCUCGACGAGGACGACGACGCGGAGGCGGAGGCGUCGCGGGGCGGGUCCUCGAAGCGCCCGUCCCCCGGUCCCGCGGACGGCGACGACGCCGACGCGCGCAAAAUCGCGAGGAUGCAAAACGCGGGCCACGACGUCUUCGCCGCGGGCACGCCGAUUAAGCUUAAAGACCCGUCCUGGGUCCCGAAAGCGGACGCGUUCCUCGUCGACCUUCUCAACUCGCCGUCCAAGACGAAGCACGGCGCGACGGUGGACAUGGCGCACCGCGCGGUGUCGGACGCGAAGCUGCGCGACCUCGGCGCGGGGAGAGACGUCUUCGCCGACGGCUCCGGGAGCGCGCUCAAGCCGCGGCGGCACCGAAGCGAGCGGAUGUCGCAGCAGUCGCGCGGGACGGCGGGCGGCAUCUUCGGGGACGACGCCGCCGCGGAGGAGGUGGUGGUAUCUUCGAACGAGGAGGAGGAGGUGGAGAUGAGCGACGUGCGGAAGCGCGCGCUGGAGAUGGCGAGGGGCCACGGCGGCCUCGCGGCGGUGGCGGAGGACGCGGCGCCAAUCUCGACGCGCGUCGACGCCGCCGCGGAGGCGAAACGUCGCGAAUGCGCGGGCAGCGACAUCUUCUCGGACGCGAGCGCGGAGAAGAAGAAGAAGCCGCGCGGGAAAGCGCUCUGCGGCGUGGGCGAGCACGCGGCGACGAAGGCGUGCGAGGACCUCUUCGCGACGAGCGAAGAAGACGCGGCGGCGAAGGAAGAACGGUCCUUCGUCCAACGCGGCGGCAAGGUGGUCUCGGAGCAGCUCAAAGCGUCGCUCCGAGGGAACGUCUUCGACGCGACCGAGGAAGCCGCCGCAUUCGCCGCGAUCGCGGCCAAGGCGGACCCGAAGAAGGCCACGACGGAGGCGCGCGCGACGUCGCGCGCGAUGCACGGCGGCCACGGCAUCUUCUCGGACGCGUGGGUCAACGCGCCGCCCGCCGCCGACGGCGAGGACGGCGAGACGACGCACGGUUUGGUGCCCGCGAUCGAGAAGAAAACCGCCGAGGAGGAGGAAGAGGAAGAGGGCACGCCCGCGCGAGGGACGAUGAAGCUGAAACCCGCGAACGCGUUCAGAGGCAUCGGCGAGGUCACCCCGGGGGCGGAGUUCAAGUGGAAGACGCCGGCGGAGGAGGAACGAGAGGAGCUGGUGCGAGAGAUUGUGGAGCGCGCGAUCGCGAAGGCGAUCGAGGGCGACGCGGCGACCGCGUGA